UUCCAGAGAGGCAGAGAAGGGGCAAAAUUGUUCUUAAAGAUAAGAUUUUUCGCAUCAAACGCCCACCAAAAAUAUUUCCUCUGUUCUUCCCCAGCUCGAAGAGAGAGAAACAAGCCAAUAAGGGUUGGAUUCCGGGUAAAUACAGAUUAAAAAAAAACCCGUUUUUUCCCUCAAAAGGAACUGGGUUUUCCCCAUCGUCGUGCAUGGUUUCCGUUUCGGAGAUGUCAACUAGUAUCGUAUGGUUCAGAAGAGAUCUUAGGGUUGAAGAUAAUCCAGCAUUAGCAGCCGGUGUAAGAGCAGGUCCGGUGAUUGCAGUCUUCGUCUGGGCUCCUGAAGAAGAAGGUCACUAUUAUCCGGGAAGGGUCUCGAGGUGGUGGCUGAAGAAUAGCUUGGCUCAGCUCGAUUCCUCUCUUAGGAGCUUAGGCACUUGUCUCGUCACCAAGAGAUCCACGGACAGUGUCGCUUCUCUUCUUGAAGUUGUCAAAGCCACUGGUGCUUCUCAGCUCUUCUUCAACCACUUGUAUGAUCCCUUGUCUCUGGUUCGUGAUCACCGUGCUAAGGAGGUUCUGACAGCGCAAGGCAUAAUCGUUAGAUCAUAUAACGCUGAUUUGCUUUACGAGCCUUGGGAGGUGAAUGAUGCGCAAGGCCGUCCCUUCUCAAAGUUUUCUGCCUUUUGGGACAGAUGCCUUAGCAUGCCUUAUGACCCGGAAGCACCUCUCCUCCCACCCAAGAGGAUCAUUUCAGGUGAUGUGUCCAAGUGUCCUUCAGACACAUUGGUCUUCGAGGAUGAAUCAGAGAAAGGAAGCAAUGCCCUUCUAGCUCGAGCAUGGUCACCGGGCUGGAGCAACGCUGAUAAAGCUCUAAUGACGUUCAUAAACGGGCCAUUGAUCGAAUACUCCAAGAACCGUAGGAAAGCCGAUAGUGCCACAACUUCAUUCCUUUCUCCACACUUGCAUUUCGGGGAAGUGAGCGUGAGAAAGGUUUUCCACCUUGUUCGGAUCAAACAGGUCUCCUGGGCAAACGAAGGAAACAAAGCCGGAGAAGAAAGUGUGAACCUUUUCCUCAAAUCAAUUGGUCUCAGGGAAUAUUCAAGAUACAUGAGCUUCAACCAUCCAUAUUCCCAUGAAAGGCCACUUCUUGGCCAUCUAAAGUUCUUCCCUUGGGUUGUGGAUGAGAACUAUUUCAAGGCAUGGAGGCAAGGCCGGACGGGCUAUCCAUUGGUUGAUGCUGGGAUGAGAGAGCUAUGGGCUACUGGUUGGUUGCACGAUCGUAUAAGAGUAGUUGUCUCGAGCUUCUUCGUGAAAGUGCUUCAGUUGCCAUGGCGAUGGGGAAUGAAGUAUUUCUGGGACACUCUUCUGGAUGCUGAUUUAGAAAGUGAUGCACUUGGUUGGCAAUACAUUACUGGUACUCUCCCAGAUAGCCGGGAGUUUGAUCGUAUAGAUAAUCCACAGUUUGAAGGGUAUAGGUUUGAUCCACACGGGGAAUACGUAAGGAGAUGGCUUCCAGAACUUUCUAGACUGCCCACAGAAUGGAUACACCAUCCAUGGAACACACCUGAAUCUGUGCUUCAAGCUGCUGGUAUCGAACUAGGAUCAAACUAUCCACGGCCCAUUGUGGGGAUAGACGAAGCGAAAGCACGGAUUCAAGAGGCCCUUUUGCAGAUGUGGCAGCUAGAAGCUGCUUCAAGAGCUGCAAUGGAGAACGGAACAGAAGAAGGACUUGGAGAUUCUUCUGGCAUGGAGCCAGCUCCCAUCGCUUUCCCUCGAGACAUCACAAUGGAAGAGCCUCAAGAAAACCAAGAGCCAACUAGACACAACCCUAAUGCUCCAACCAGACGGUACGAGGAUCAGAUGGUCCCGAGUAUUACUUCGUCUUUGAUCAGACUGGAAGAAGAGGAAGAAUCUUCUGUCGAGCUGAGAAACUCUGAAGGAGACAACAGAGCAGAAGUUCCAGGGAACAUGAACAUGAACCAGACACAACAGCCAAGAACAGAACCGGCAUCAAACCAGCUCGGUGCUAUGCCGGAGUUCAACAUCAGAAUAGCAGUGGAGAACACAGAAGAAGAUUCAACUGCCGAAUCCUCUAGCAGCAUCAGAAGAGAGAGGGACGGAGGCGUUGUCCCGGUUUGGUCUCCUGCUUACUCAGAACAGUUCCCUGGUGAAGAAAACGGAAUUGAAGGAAGUACAACAUCUAGUUACUUGCAGAAUCACCGCCAAAUUCUGAACUGGAGACGGCUUUCUCAGACCGGGUGAAACAUGGGAUUUCACAGGGCUUUAUCCACAGCUAAACCGGUAUAACUUUGGCUUGGUUUGAUGUAUUUACCCGGUUAUGGAGCUGGAUAACCGGUCCCAGAAACCUGAUCCGAUAAUACAUUUGAUAUAUGUUUCGAUCUUGUAUACAUAAACAUAGCCCUUGUUGUAUAGUUCCUACUAUGUCUCUGGUAAUAGACCAGACAUUGUCCUCUCUCUUUUUGGUUAGUCAGACAUCCAAUUCAUAAUCUGCAUGCUCGUAUUAUA